AGGAAGCUGAGCGGAUCACGUGACGCUCCGCAUUGUGACGCAGAGUCAGCUGACUGCAGAGGAAGCCUCCAUACUUCUCACGACCUUCAUCGUUUCGCUGUUUUUCUGCGGUUCCGUCCGGUUCUGUCCCCGGUUCCGUCCCCGGCAUGGCGAGUCAGUCUCAGGGCAUCCAGCAGCUGCUGCAGGCCGAGAAGAGAGCGGCGGAGAAGGUGACAGAGGCCCGGAAACGGAAGAACCGGCGCCUGAAGCAGGCCAAGGAGGAGGCCCAGGCCGAGAUCGAGCAGUACCGGCUGCAGCGCGAGAAGGAGUUCAAGACCAAGGAGGCAGCGGCCCUUGGUUCCCAUGGUAACAGCGCCGUGGAGGUGGACCGCGACACCGCAGAGAGGAUGGCUCGCAUCCAGGACAGUUACCAUGGUAACCGUGAGACGGUGCUGAACGAGCUGCUGCGGCGGAUCUGCGACAUCCAGCCGGAGUUUCACGCCAACUACCGCGUGGCCGGCUGAGGGGGCGGAGCUUCCGGCUGCCAUGAGGGGCGGGGCUUAAUGUUGAUGUUCUUGUGAUGUUUACAAAGUAUUUAUAUUUCAAAAUAAAGUUCGUUUCUUCUAGAAUUUGGCAAAAUAAAAGUCUCGUAAUCCAGCCAAUCACGUGACAGCAUCAGCUGAUAUGAACACCUGAUUGGCUGGAGAAGAUGCUCUUAUUGUGAAACUCUGGUAUUUCAACAAUGUUUUCCUGUUUGUGACCAUGUGACUUCCUGUUGAUUGUGAUGAUGGAACAUUAAAGUGAAUCUGAUUGGCUGAAA